ACCGAGUACCGGCACCAGUGUCUCGCUACGUCUGACAACACGACCAGCGAGAUGGGCGCGUACAUGGUGCUCGCGUUCCUUCUUUUGACGACGGCGCUGCUGAGCCGUAACGGCGCACUGUCACAGUCGCCCUCCCUGACGGAGUUCGCCGCCUUCUGCAACGAGGUCGGCAACUCAGGCGGUGCUCCCAACCCCUUCUUAGAGGUGCUGUGCCGCCAGGUGGCCGAGAGGACAGCCACGCAGCCGCCUCCCACCACCACCAUAUCCUGGAAUGGGGCGGAGGCACUCAACGCGUCGGGAGAAACAUCUGCCUUCAACACUGACCUGGCAACGCCUCUGAUUACACAACAAGAUGAGCAAGAGGCAGUAAAACAAGCAAACGACAGUGGCGUAAUUCCUCAAGAAACAAAUUACACUUCAGAGUUCCAGUCACUUACGAAUGAAAGUCUCAACGUGUCCAAUGGGCUCCCAGGUGGAGAGCAAUCAGUAAUCGUUCUUAACAACACAUUUGCACAAGAGCAAGUAGAUCUUGAAGUAAGCGGUGGUUCAGAUUUUAGCUGGAAUGUAGGUGUACCGACAGCGACGACAGGUGAGCAAAGCAAUGGAUCUGUUGUAGAACCGAAGAACAAACUCCUUCAUAUAAAACCGCACAACACAACUAGCAGUAGAUCUGUUGUUGAGCCACAGAACAAACUGCUUCAUAUAGAACCACAUAACGUGACUACCUUUUAUGUGGGAGUAGAGGAGCAGAGUGAACUCGUUGGCGAUGAUGACCAUAAUGGACGUAACAGUACUGGCUCUCUCCAGGCACCAAUCACAAGUGCGAAGACACUGAAACGAGGAGACCAAAUGCCAGCGCCAGGAAAUAAAAGUAAUGAUUCACCUGCAGUUCGAGAAAGUCCUAGAAACCAGACUUUUAAUAAUACAGAAACGCAUGACCAGUUACCACAAGUCGAACCACAGCAAUCGCUAGAUGAGGGAGGACUAUUUAUUCAGCAAUCUGGCAUCCACAAUUCUAAUGAAACGCCGAGCAUAAAUCAGUCACCCGAUACUACUCAUGUACUGGAGAAAGAACAGAAUGAUGUCCCAGACGACAGAAAUACAGCUACAGAAGAGUCGACAAGUGAAGCGCAACUGUAUGUGGAACAGCUAUCAACUAGUGUAACAUCAGAAACUGAAGAACCUAUUACUAUAGAAGUAGCGAGAGAUGGCUUAUACAUAUCUUCAUCAGGAAGUAACAUAACUAGAGUCGAAAUUCAAGACGCAGGACAUGGAAGCACUGCUAAUGUGUCUUCCAUACAGUCUGGAAUCCAAGUAGGAGAGGUUAAUAACUCCACAUUCAUACCAUCAGACUUUGGACCGGAACCUGGAAUAAUUAAGGAAGCGCCAAAUAGCAUCAUCGACGCUUUCUCUGAAGUUCAGAACCUGAGUUCGCAAAAUAUUCCAACUCAAGAAUUUGGCACAACGCAAUCUACGAAUGGGGAAUCAGCUACUGAAAAUGAACAGUCGUUAGUCUCAGAGCAAGUAACAAGCGGGGGACAAUCAUCAAUUGAUCAGACUGCAGAAGGUGUUCUACGAGAUUCACCAGCUAUGGAUACGCAGCUAGAUCAGGGAGAAGGAAUAUUUACACCAAAACCAGAGCCUGCAGUGGAUCUAGUUGAAGCGGAUGUAGCCACAACUGAAUUGACCGUCUUCAGCACAGAAAGUACAGUUGUCCUCACACAAAAGCCAGCACUUAUUAAUAGUGAGGAGUCAAAAGUGCAGCCACCGGUUAUACUGGAAGAAAACCUGGGAAAUUCUAAUUCAACUGCAGUGCAACCUACUAGUGGAGGAAUGAGUUCAACAGUACCAUCAAAUAACUCGGCAUCAGAACAGGACCCCUUGAGCAGCAACCAAAACAAAGCGAAUGGUGGCCAAGGAACGUCAGUUAGAGAAACAGAGGAAAAUUCCGAUAACAGAUCAGAAAAUCAGACUGUGGACUUCUCAUCACAAAUAUUACCAGGUAAUUCUGAAGUAUCAGAUUCUACAGGUUUGGGUGGUACCAGCCUACCACAUGGAGUCAGCAGCUCCGACCAGAGUGCUAAGUCUCCCCCACAGGUUGGGUUGUCAGGAAGCAAUUCAGGUGGAUUCACUAGCCAGUUCCUGGAUGGUGUGCCCUCUUCCGAAGGAAAUUCAGUUGCUUCUGCAUCACUACCACCAAAUCCUGCUGGAUCCUUGAGCCAAUCCCCAGUUGGAGUGUCACCUUCUGAAGGAAAUUCCCUUGCUUCUGCACCACUUCCACCUAACUCUGUGGGAUCCAGCAGUCAGUCCCCCUUUGGAGAGUCAUCUUCUGAAGGGAAUUCAGUUGUUUCUGCUUCACACCUACUCAAUCCUGCAGGAUCCACCAGCCAGUCCCCAGUUGAGUUGUCAUCUUCUGAAGGGAAUGCAGUUGGUUCUACAUCACUUCUACCUAAUCCUGGAUCAACCAGCCAGCCCCCCAUCGGACUGUCAUCUUCUGAAGGAAAUUCAGUUGCUUCCACAUCGCUCCCAGCUACCCCUGAAGGGGACUUUGUGGGAGAUUCUAUCCUCAUCAUGAAAGAGAUGACGACCAAGUUUCUGGAAGGUUUGGCGGAGGUUCACUGCCGCCAGGUGGUGAACGACUUCUGGAAGAACGUAACCGAAGUCUUCAGAAGAGUGUCCGCUUCUCACAAGCCUACAGUGUGGGAUAUGACGUCGAGCGUAAGGGAGGUUCUGGAAUCGUACCGCAGAGAGAGCCCCUACUGGGAGACGAUCGCCGCCCAGCUAGAGGAGGCGACCUCGGACCUCCGGUGGCGGCAGCUGCUGGGCUCUUUGGCGGUGCAGCGGCGCGGCGACGUCGCGUCGCAGCUGCGGCUGGUGUUGGCAGCGCGACAGCUGCGGGCGGCGGUGCGCGCCGCGCUCACCAGCCCGGAGUGCCGCGCGGCGGGCGCGCAGCCAUCCGCCGACAGCUGCGAACAUUUCGUGCUGUGCUACCGCGUCGGAUGGCAGUGGCGCGCGCUCACGCUCAGCUGUCCCCGGGGCAGCGCCUUCAGUCGCAGCGAGCGCCGCUGCGUGUGGCGCCCUCUCGCCGACUGCAGGCCCGACCCGCUCAUUCGUCGCUGGUUCGACGACGACGGCGACUCCGACUCCGACUCCGAUUCCGAUUCCGAUUCCGACUCCGAUUCCGACUCCGACUCCGACUCCGACAGCUCUGAGGACAGAAGAUGGUCGCUGUCCGGACAGGGACACUCGCUGUACCGAAUGUUUGACUUCCGCCACUGAUCACACUGAACAUCACUGGAAUCUCUAAACAUCUCUUAUUUAUAUUCUACACUUUCAUUUAAUUAUCAACGCCAUUUUGUACAUACUUUCUAAAUAAAACUUGUAAUUCAAUA